AGGGGGGCCGGCAGGCGGUCGGUCGGGCGGGAGCCUCUCACAGGAACCCUCCAAAAAAAAGAUGGCGGCGGGCUCGGAUCUGCUGGAUGAGGUUUUCCUGAACCCUGAUGUGGACGAGAAGGUGGUGAGCGACCUGGUGGGCUCCCUGGAGUCUCAGCUGGCGGCCUCGAGCCACCACCACCAGCACCACAGGGCGCAGGAGCCCCUCAGGGCCGCUGGGGGGCUGCUGGGGAACCAUGUUGUGAGCAGCAGCAGCAGUAGCAGCAGCCCGAGCCCGAGCCCUGGAGGAGUAGGAGGAGGUGGCGGCGGCGGAGGAGGAGGAGGCGGAGGAGGAGGAGGAGGAGGCGGCAGCAGCAGUGCUCAUGUCCACACCGAGAGCCCCGGCAGCGGCACCGGCACCACCACCGGCGGAGGCAGCGGCAGCAGUAGCGCCGCCGCCGCCGCCACCAGCGCCGCCAAGAUGGGACUCAGUGGCCCCGAGAUCACCAAGCCAGGAGCUGGUGGAGUGCAAGGGAGUGUUAUCAAUCAUAACGCCAGGUCCCAGGGUUCUACUUUGGACGGGACCACCACAACCAGCACCAGCACCACUGCACCUGUCCAAGGCGGAUCUGAAGCUGCUGUCACCCCAGGGACCCUUAGCCAGGGUAAAUCAGUGGUAAUCAGCACCAUGGCAACAGCUUUAUCUACCAGGAAUGGUAAAAUUGGGACCACGACAGUGCAGACCUUGAAUGGGAGUAACGUAGUGAUGAAUUCUCACGCUGCUUUCUCGGCCACGCCUGUAACGGCAAACCCUACCGUAAUCCCUGCUGUCACCCCUCUUGUUAACAAUGGACCUGGAAAUGUGGGGAAAGUCAGUACCGUUAACGCCGUCUUGCCAUCCGCUUCAAAUACCGUCAUCCAGACUUCUUUCCUUGGCACUGGGGUUUCCUCCGCCUCUUCGCCCUCCCCAACGGUGAUCUCCUCACAGCAGCCCCCAAGUAUUGGAGCUGGGGGACCAACUGUAGCAUUGGUGAGGCCACCCAUUCACACGGCAGGACCCUCCGUGGCUGCAGCCACCCAGAACGGGAGCAAUACUGUGAUCAAUUCGACCAUCAACGUGGGGAGUUUUCCUCCCGCGGCUGUCGCUGCAGCCACCGUGGGGUCUGGUGUUUCCCUCCAGACCACCCUCGUGAACAGCCAGCCAGGUUCUGGGGUACCGGCUGCACCCACCACGCAGGUCAUCAAAUCGGAGUCUCCUAAAACUAUUGUGCAGACGGUAACUCAACAGCAGACUCUGGCUGCUGGUGGCCAGCCCAGUACUACAGGGGGUAAUAUGAUAAUCGGGCAAACUAUGCAAGCUGGCCUGCCCAACGUGGCCCCUAAUCCUGGUGGGGUUCCUCCUGCGCCUCCAGGCACCCCCACAGGCCUGGCCAAGGGUGCUGCCAACACAGUGGCGCAGAGCCUACCAAGGACUCCGACGGCAACUACAAGUGGAAUCAGAGCAACUUUGACUCCCACUGUUUUAGCACCUCGUCUGCCUCAGCCUCCUCAGAAUCCAACAAAUAUUCAGAACUUUCAGUUGCCACCAGGCAUGGUUCUUGUGCGUAGCGAGAAUGGCCAGCUACUGAUGAUCCCUCAACAAGCUUUGGCGCAAAUGCAGGCCCAUGCGCAGUCCCAGCCUCAAACCACCAUGACUCCUCGCCCUGCCACCCCUACCAGUGCUUCUCCGGUCCAGAUCUCGACUGUGCAGGCUCCUGGAACGCCUAUCAUUGCGCGGCAGGUGGCUCCAACCACUAUAAUCAAGCAAGUGUCUCAGGCACAGACAACUGUACAGCCCACGACAACGCUACAGCGGCCCCCUGUAGUUCAGCCUCAGAUUGUUCUGGGUAAUCCUGCACAAACGACAGCAUUAGGAACAGCGACUGCUGUGCAGACUGGAACGUCUCAAAGGGCGGUGCAAGCAGCCGCAAUAGCCUCAGCUGCGGCCACAGAAACCAUGGAAAAUGUGAAGAAAUGUAAGAAUUUUCUCUCCACGCUAAUAAAACUGGCCUCUUCUGGAAAGCAGUCUUCCGAGACUGCCGCUAAUGUGAAAGAACUAGUUCAGCACCUGCUGGAUGGAAAAAUUGAAGCAGAAGAUUUCACCAGCAGACUGUACCGGGAACUUAAUUCUUCACCUCAACCUUACCUUGUGCCUUUCUUGAAGCGGAGCUUACCUGCCUUGAGACAGCUGACUCCAGAUUCGGCGGCUUUCAUUCAGCAAAGCCAGCAGCAGCAGCCCACGACGCAGCCCACAACGGCCCUGACAGCGGUGAUGCUGAGCGGCUCAGUUCAGCGUACAGCAGGAAAGACCCCUGCCACCGUCACGAGUACCUUGCAGCAGCCCGUCAUCAGCCUAACGCAGCCGACGCAAGUUGGGGUUGGCAAACAAGGGCAGCCCACGCAGGUGGUUAUUCAGCAGUCUCAAAAGCCAGGCACGUUGAUCAGGCCACCACAGGUGACAUUGACACAGACCCCUAUGGUAGCCUUGCGGCCACCGCACAACCGUAUUAUGCUUACUGCUCCUCAACAAAUUCAGCUAAACCCACUUCAGACAGUCCCUGUGGUAAAACAGACAGUAUUACCUGGAACCAAAGCUCUUUUUCUACACUUCUCACAACUCAAAGCAGCUGUAGCUCAAAAAAUAGAGCUUAAGUCUCCAGGUGGCUCCUCUUUCUGAAGGGAUGACGAUGAUAUCAAUGAUGUCGCAUCCAUGGCAGGAGUUAAUCUAUCAGAAGAGAGUGCACGUAUACUGGCCACGAAUUCUGAGUUGGUCGGCACAUUAACAAGGUCGUGUAAAGAUGAAACCUUUCUACUCCCGGCACCUUUGCAAAGAAGGAUACUCGAAAUAGGUAAGAAGCAUGGAAUAACGGAAAUCCACCCCGAUGUAGUUAGCUACGUAUCGCACGCAACGCAGCAAAGGUUACAAAACCUGGUUGAGAAGGUAUCGGAGACCGCCCAGCAAAAGAAUAUGUCUUAUAAGGAUGAUGAAAGAUACGAACAAGCAAGUGAUGUUCGGGCGCAACUCAAAUUCUUUGAACAACUUGAUCAAAUAGAAAAACAGCGGAAAGAUGAACAAGAAAGGGAAAUUCUAAUGCGCGCAGCAAAGUCUCGAUCUAGACAAGAAGACCCAGAGCAGCUUAGGUUGAAACAGAAAGCCAAGGAGAUGCAGCAACAGGAACUAGCACAAAUGAGACAGAGGGAUGCCAACUUGACUGCCUUGGCUGCAAUAGGACCCAGAAAGAAGAGGAAAGUGGAUUCCCCAGGCUCUGGAUCAGGGACAGAGGGAUCCAGCACGAGUGUGGCAGUGGCAGGCAGCUCUGGAGUCGGAACAGCCAGGCAGUUUACACGACAAAGGAUAACGCGGGUGAACCUCAGGGACCUCAUAUUAUGUUUAGAAAAUGAGCGAGAGACAAGCCAUUCACUAUUGCUAUACAAAGCAUUCCUUAAGUAAAAAAAGUGGAGAACAUCAAGGUAUUUUUGGCGGAGAAGACACCUGGGGACACUUUUUUUUAUAUAUAUUUGCAGAUUACGCCUUUUUGUAACGAGCAUAUGGGAUACUGUUUAAAAAAAACACCCACCCCAUCAACAAACCAUCACCACCACCACUCUGAGACAACCACCUCUUUACAAGGAACCGUUUUCUAGUCCCAUUUAUUAUAAACUCUUUGGUGUAAGAGAGAGAUCCCUUUCUUUGACAGUAAGGAGACUUGCAAAGGCCUGAGGAGUCGAUAAGAGGACAAUUUAAAGUUUAACUCAUCUCUUUGAUUGAGUGGCCUUCUUGCCAAACAAGCCAUAUUAUAGAGACUGAUGGAACCGUUUAGCAAAUAACCAGCUACUCUGUGUCAGAUCCUGUAGCAAUUUCAACAUUAAUUGUGCAUUUUAGUUCAGUUUUACUUAACGAGAUCGAUUAUAUAGGUAUAUGUCUACAGCAGAUGACCUCAUUUUAUUUUAGCUUUUAAAUGGAGUCAGUUAGCAAAGCGAACUGAUUUUAAUAAAUAUUUAUCUUUUCCUGCCCAAAAUUGUUCAGAUCCUAGAUUACACUUAAUUUUAAGCGUAACCUCAAUUCUUUUAAUCUUGUUAUUAUCGCUUAUUAGAGGCAACCCCCCACUCUGAAGGCCCACAAAGGAGGGUUACUUCUGAAUGUUGUAUCAGCAUCUGUAAAAAUAGAAAAAGAAAAAAAAGAAAUGCAUUUUAUUUGCUAUAGUUUGUAAAGCUGUAAAGUUUAAAACAAAAAAUGGAAAAAGGAAAAAAAGAAAAAACCUUUUCAGCAUAAAUAUAUUUUACUUGCACUGUGUUUUUUAGCGAAAGUGAAAGCUUAGAUUAAAUAAAAAUCAAAGUUGAGAGGAAUCAUCAAAAAAGACAGUUUCUCAGUGUGAAAUCAAGUGUUGAAAAAUGGUUGGUGUAUUUUGUCAGUAAAUGUACAUAAUUUUUGGCACAUAACAUUAAAAAAAAAUGGCUAUGUAAACUAUAAUUAUUUUGCUAAAAGACUGUAUGCAAGCUAUGGGCUUACUUUAAAGACGUCCAGAGCAAAAUUCCCCUCUUUGUACCUAUUUUUUUAUUACAAAUAUACUAAUUGGUUCUUUAUAUUUUCAGAGGUUAUUGUAUUAAAUUGUCUAUUGAUAGUACUUUUAUGACUGUAAAUAUGUCGGCUUUCUUUGUGUGAACUCUCAUGUUAGAUUUUAAGGGCAGGGGCCACCGUGAACACUUCUUGCGCAAAUCCUGUUGAAGCGAAGGGAGCUCUGUGACAUGAACUGGCAUUGGGUUUCAAGGGAGCCUUGUGCGAGAAGCGUUUCCGGUGGAUUGCACCUUAACUCUUUUUGUGUGUAAACUGAAUGCUGAUCAGUAUUUUUAUCAAACACCCUACAAACUGUUACACCUUUUUAUUUCGUCUUUUAGGGAAUAAAAAUCCUGUCUUUCCAUUUUAUUUUCAUGUAAAUUUUGCACAGUUCCUUGUUCAUAUGUAAAUAUUUUACUUUCAGAAAUGAAGUUUUUAAUUGCUAUUGUUUUAUAUAGGAUUGAAAGAAAAUUAACUCCUUUAUUAAAAACAAAUUUAUCUGUA